UUUUUAAUAGUCUAUGGUGGAAGCAGAAGGACUACAUCUGUCAAGGCUUUAACCUAACCUAAGUUAGUUACUUUCUUCGCUGCCGUGUCUUAAAAAACACCGUUCAGGUCAAAGAUGGACCUAGUGUUGAACGUUGCAGAUGAUUACUUCUUCACUCCAUAUGUGUAUUCCUCAUCAUGGCCCGAGGACGAGCCUCUGCGACAGAUCAUCGGCUUGAUGGUGGUCACCAACCUGGGUGCUGCAAUCUUAUAUCUAGGCCUGGGUACUUUGUGCUACUUCUUCGUUUUCGACCACAAAUUAAUGCAACACCCUCAAUUUUUGGAGAACCAGGUGCAACGUGAAAUAAAGUAUGCUUUGUGGUCUUUGCCCUAUAUAAGCAUACCCACAGUAGCAUUGUUUUUUGCUGAGGUCAGAGGAUACAGCAAACUGUACGACAGAGUCGAUGAAUCCCCUUUCGGUUGGUCAGGGAUUAUUUUCAGCAUGGUCUCUUUCCUGUUUUUUACGGACAUGUGCAUUUACUGGAUCCACAGAUUCCUUCACCACAAGUUAAUAUAUAAGUACUUUCACAAACCACAUCAUGUGUGGAAGAUCCCCUCUCCAUUUGCCAGCCACGCUUUCCACCCCGUGGAUGGAUUUCUUCAGGGCCUACCGUACCACAUCUACCCCUUCCUCUUCCCUCUACACAAGGUUCUGUACUUAGCCCUGUACGUGUUCGUCAACAUAUGGACCAUCUCCAUCCAUGACGGGGACUACCGCGUACCCAGCCUGAUGGAACAAAUCAUCAAUGGUUCAGCUCACCACACUGACCACCACCUCUUCUUUGACUACAACUACGGGCAGUACUUCACCCUGUGGGACCGCAUCGGAGGCUCCUACCGCUAUCCUUCAGCCUUGAUGGGGAAGGGGCCGCACGACCACAUCAAGAAAUUAAUGGCAGAAGGGAAGCUGAGCUCAGACAGCAUAAACGGCCACACUAAUAAUAAUAAAAAUGGCCUUCAUGUCAAGAAAGAGUAGGUAGGCAUAUAAAAGAUGCAUGAAUGGGUUUCAAGGUAAGAUUUCUGCUCUUAAUAAGUCCUUAUUCAUGAGACUCUGAAACUCUACUUGGCACUAAAAUUAUGCAUAUAAUUGCCUAAAGGAAGCAUAGACAAAAGGAAUAUAUUUUUGCCAAAUAGAAACAUUCACUAUGGUUACCCUGUUGGUAUUUUAAUCUUCUUGCCAUUGUGUAACCUAAUACGAAUGACUUGAAUUAAUAGGCUUCUGACAAGUAAGCGUCUAUAAUUUUGCAAUCAUAAACAUUCAAAGAAUGUAUGAAGAUUGACUGGACUAUCCCUUCACAUAAACCUAUUCACCUUUCUAUUAGCAGUAUGCCAUUGUUAAAGUUAACAAGACUCUUAAGUUUCUCCAUAGCUCCGUUUAUUUAUGAACUCAGAGACCAGGUGAAGGUACUGAUCUAGCCAUUUUAUUUUAAAAGAGAUUCUGUGGUUUACUUUUUAUAAAUGCACAUUCCUUCCAAAUAAAAAAAAAAAUAGCUGUGUA